GGAGGAAGAGCCAAACUCACCCAACUACGUAAGUUUCUCCAUCAGCAACCGCUAACUACUUGGAGUUGCCAUCACUUUUCCUCUUCACCUCCUCUCUUCUCUCAGCAGCAAUAAAGUUUCCACCACUGGUUGGUCUUUUUGCACUGUUGGGCAUUCGGAGAGUUGUCGUGACGCAUCGAGCAAUAGUUGGUCAGUGGAAUAAGUUUUAGGCCUUCUGGAAGUAAGAGAUUUCUAAAGAUAAGGGUUUGGUUCUUAAUUUGAUCCUUUCACCAGCUGGUUCUCCAAGUUUCUGGCCGAGUGUCUUUUAAUUAUCUGAAAUGGAUUUCACUUUGUGUGUUUUCUUUUGUCAGAUAAUAUGAGCUUGGAGGAUUCCAUGGCGGUUUCUGCCGUCGCAUUCGAGAAAACUUGCUCUCUUGAAAGCUCUGGUGAAAGUAAUGGAAUGCAGUUGAGGGAAGGGGGCGUUAAGAAGGGAGUGGCCAAAGAAGUUAAGCGUGAGCUGGUGGAUUUCGACUCCUUGCCGGAUUAUUUGAAGGACAACGAGUUCAUCUUGGGCUACUAUCGAUGCGAAUGGCCUCUGAAGGACACAAUCCUCAGCAUCUUCUCCAUUCACAACGAGACCCUGAACGUUUGGACGCAUUUGAUUGGAUUUCUUAUCUUUCUUUCUCUGACUGCGCUCACUGCAAUGAUGAUACCGAGAGAAAUGAACGUCCCAUCCAUGCAACACUCCUCCAGUCUAGUGACGGAAACCAAUCUUUCGAUGGGGCAGCCUGGGGUCAUUGCUUGCCUGCCCUCUCCACUUCCAGUGGAUGAAUCGAAGAAUUCUACGCCAGCUUUAUCAAGUUGGCAUCUUCCUGAGCUUCUUGUCAACUGCUUCCCAAGGAGAUUCUCCCAUGCCAGAAACAUCACCAAUCCAUGUGCUCUGACGAGCGUGACGAACCCCAUGACCAAAAUAACAUCGCCGCUGCUCAUGAAGGAGGUCUCUCGCUGGCCAUUCUUUGCCUUCUUGUGUGGAGCCAUGUUCUGCCUUCUCACCAGCAGUAUAUGCCACCUUAUCUUGUGCCACUCCGAACGAAUGGCCUACGUUAUGCUGCGGCUCGACUACACCGGCAUAACAGCCCUCAUUGUCACCUCCUUCUAUCCUCUAGUCUACUACUCCUUCCUGUGUGAACCUUUCUACUGCCACCUUUACAUGAGCUUCAUCACAGCCUUUGGGCUGGCCACCAUCUCGGUCUCUCUUGUGCCUGUCUUCCAGACCACAGAGUUCCGGUCUGUGAGAGCCGGGCUAUUCUUCUGCAUGGGAGUAUCAGGACUGGUGCCCAUAAUGCACAAAUUGACUGCAUUCCAUCGCCGGCCUGAGGCGAUCCUCUCGACGGGGUACGAGUUGUUGAUGGGUACAUUUUACGGCCUGGGGGUUGUGGUCUACGCUACGAGGAUACCGGAGCGGUGGAUGCCCGGAAAGUUCGACAUCGUCGGCCAUAGCCAUCAGCUAUUCCAUGUGUUGGUGAUUGCAGGGGCUUACACUCACUAUCUUGCAGGCCUGGUAUACCUCAAGUGGAGAGACACUGAAGGUUGUUGUUUGAUGGAAUUAUAGAUUAGCUUUUGAGCCACCAUUAAUUCUUUUGCAUGAGAUUGGCAAAGCCUUUUCAUCUUGUGCAUGCCAUGCAGACUAAAAUCCUUAAGAAAUGAGAAGUGUACUCCCAAGGGAUGUUGGUGCUUGUGUCCAAUUGGAACUCAGGCAUUUGAAUUCUCUAAAAGAUUUAAACUCUCCUUUUCUUUCCCUGAAUUUUAGAUUGUGAUGCAAUGGAAUGGAUAUCCAUUUAUA